GCGGGGAGGAAGGCACGGCUCGUGGAGCCGAGGGACGUGCGACUGCACCCGCGUGGUCAUGGAGGCGCCGCCGCCGCCGCCGCCGCUACCCGCGACGACUCCGGCCCCCGGCCCCAGCCGAAGGCUACUGCUGCUGCCGCUACUGCUCUUUCUGCUGCCGGCUGAAGCUCUGCGGGGCUCGGAGGCAGAGGAGAGGCUCCGAACUCGCGAAGAGGAGUGCCACUUCUAUGCGGGUGGACAAGUGUACCCGGGGGAGGCGUCCCGGGUUUCGGUCGCCGACCACUCCCUGCACCUCAGCAAAGCCAAGAUUUCCAAGCCAGCACCUUAUUGGGAAGGAACAGCUGUGAUAAAUGGAGAAUUUAAGGAGCUGAAGUUAACUGAUUAUCGUGGAAAAUACCUGGUUUUUUUCUUCUAUCCACUUGAUUUCACUUUUGUGUGUCCAACUGAAAUUAUCGCCUUUGGUGAUAGAAUUGAGGAAUUCAGAUCGAUAAACACUGAAGUUGUAGCAUGCUCUGUGGAUUCACAGUUUACCCAUUUGGCCUGGAUUAAUACCCCUCGAAGACAAGGAGGACUUGGGCCAAUAAGUAUUCCACUUCUUUCCGAUUUGAACCAUCAGAUCUCAAAGGACUAUGGUGUCUAUCUGGAAGACUCAGGCCACACCCUUAGAGGUCUUUUCAUUAUUGAUGACAAAGGAAUCCUAAGACAGAUUACUCUGAAUGACCUUCCUGUGGGUAGAUCCGUGGAUGAGACACUGCGUUUGGUUCAAGCAUUCCAGUACACCGACAAACACGGAGAAGUCUGCCCUGCUGGUUGGAAACCUGGUAGUGAAACAAUCAAACCUGAAGAUGCCAUGAAAGCCUGGUGGCCAAAAGAAGAGCUAUAAUCCCAGAUCCAGCUGGAAAACUGAAGUAUUUCGAUAAACUGAACUGAAAAUACUUCCUCAGGUCAUGAUGCUUGAAACUUCUCAGUAAAGUUCACCAUUGUAUUACCACA